UUUAAUUUUGAUAAUUUAUUUAUUGUCUAUCAUAGAAUUUACAACCUUGAGAAAUUUUCCAAUUAACUAUUUAAAAAAUUAGAAAAGUAAGGGAGAAAGAAAUGUUAUUAGUAAAUAAAACGACCGAGUGAACGGCUUCAUUUACGAAGCGCCUGCUACCACGUACGAAUAAUAAAAGGGUCGACCAGCGCUAUAUAACGACUUGACUUACAUGUGAGACCUUCUAUAUCAGUUAAUAAACAAAAUGGGUAUAAACUGGCGCGAAUUAUUCCCUACAAAGCUCACAUUCGUCAUAUUUCUGCUUUAUAUAUCGUUAUUUAUAGGCCAAGGAAUUUUUGUAACGGCUUCACAGGAAUCCAAUAACUCCUAUAGCUACAACACAAUCACCGUAGUACUGCUCACCGAAAUAUUAAAACUUAUAGUAUCAGCAAGUCUUUAUUGCAGAGAGCAAAACUUAAUUAGUUUGCUACGCGAUGUGCGAAAAGAUUCAAAUGUAAUGAUGUUAUAUUUUGUGCCCGCAUUUCUCUACUGUCUCUACAAUAAUUUGGCAUUUGUUAAUUUGUCUACGUUCGAUCCCACUACAUAUUAUCUUCUAUUGCAACUACGUGUUGUUAUAACUGGCAUACUAUUUCAGAUAAUUUUUAAGAAAUACCUUACACGGCGUCAAUGGAUUUCACUUUUGCUGCUAACGUUUGGUUGUAUGUUAAAACAAAUCAACAUAAAUAGUUUAUAUGGCGAUACUAAUGACGAUAGCGAAGCCGUAGCUGUACAACAAGUGACUUUAAAUAAAACUGAUACUGAAAACACAUCAAAAGUGAGCGGAAAAAAUAUGACUGGAUUCGAUCUGAGUCUAAGUGCUCUGCUCAUAUUGGCACAAACAAUAUUUUCCUGCUUGGCAGGUGUUUAUAACGAAUACCUAUUGAAGGAUAAAGGUGCUGAUGUGAACAUAUUUGUACAGAACGUCUUUAUGUAUAUCGAUUCCAUUGUAUGCAAUGUCUUGAUACUCUUGGUAAAUGGUCAAUUGGUUGGCGCUUUUACGGCGGAGAGUCUACGAGCCAUUUGGCGAUUUAAUGUAAUUAUUAUUAUAGUGAAUAAUGCGGCAAUCGGCAUUGUUACGAGUUUCUUUUUGAAAUAUAUGAACUCUAUUGUGAAAACUUUCGCCAGCGCCUUAGAGUUAAUGUUUACAGCUGUACUCUGUUAUUUUCUCUUCGCGAUACCUAUUUAUAUUAAUACUGCAUUGGCUAUAGCUGUAGUCUCGUUUGCUAUAUACCUGUACUCACAGAGUCCUGUGGUAAAUACGGGUAAGGUACGACCAUUGAAUACAAUGGGUGAGACAAGACAAGAUAAACGAAAAUUGCUUGACUCAGAUAAUGACACAGACCUUGAAAUGGACAUGGUGUAACGAAUAUAUUAAAAAAAAACACACACCAUUCCUAUGAUACUUGAAUAAACUGGCUUAAGCCGCCAAUUGACCAGUGAUACCAUAAUACUUUUAUAUAUGUACUUUUGCUGGAAGUGCAAUUAAUGAGGCAAGAUAUUGACAAAAAAUAUCUUUGUAUAUAAAACUUUAUUAUGACAAAGAACGACGUAUUUUCUUGAAUCAGUAAUAACGUUGUACUUGCUGGAUGUGCUCUUUUGGAAAUAUAUUUCAUAAAUUUUAUUUAAAAAUCUUAGGCUGAUAUAUAAUUUAAGGUAA